AUACAUAGUGAUCAAAUGCAAAUCUAACUACAUUUCUGAAAUCAUUCAUCAAUAUAUAUUAAAUAUGCCCAUGUGAGUAUGCAGCUCUACGUAAGACAACGUGCUUUUAAAUCUAACAAAGCACGCCAUCGAUAUCGUCGUAUUAUCCGACCGGAUUUGAUGCCAUUUUUUAUUUUUAGUAUGUGCUUAACUGGAGCAUGGAAGGCAAGUUUAACAUACAAUUUCGCUCAACAAUUGUUUGAGUCCGUUGUGCAAUUUCUCGGAAAUGAUAUCAAAACUGAGGCAACACCUGUUUGGGGGGAUAACAAAGUGGCAACCCAAAUUCCACCGUCGCUGUAGGAUUUUUCGUUGAACGCUCCUCAUUCAUAUCUAACGCCGAGGCUUUCGGAUAUAGCAGUGGUCACGUGCAGCAGUGUGUCUCAUGGGAGGAGGCGCCACCAGACUGCACAGCACACUCUGCAGCAGCCACCCUCCUCCUCAAGGCCAGCCAAUCCUGAACACAAAUCUGGAUCCAGAUCUCUGCAAGGAGUGCAAUGGGGCCCCUUCCAGGUCCCUUGAUCCGGUCACUGUGCUGCGCCAGUGUGAGGAGGCCCUUGGUGACCAACCGUCCCGUAUCAAGAGGAAGUUUGUGUUUUCAUCUAAGGUGGAGGACAAUCCGAUAAGGGUGUUGCAGUGGAACAUACUGGCUCAAGCUCUGGGCGAAGGUCUGGACUGCUUCGUCCACUGUUCUCUUGAGGCUCUCAGCUGGUCUCGGAGGAAGUACCUGAUCCUCGAGGAGAUACUCACCUACCGACCUCACAUCCUCUGUCUGCAGGAAGUAGACCACUACUAUGACACUUUGCAGCCUGUCCUGACCCAACUAGGCUAUAGCAGCACUUUCUGUCCUAAGCCAUGGUCCCCAUGUUUGGAUGUGGAGGGCAACAACGGGCCAGACGGCUGCGCACUCUUCUUUGACGAGUCUCGAUUUGAGUUUGUGGAACGUGUGAACACCCGGCUGUGUGCCAUGAGAAUCCCGACCAAUCAGGUGGCUGUGGUGAUGGUGCUGCGCUGUCGGACAACAGGCAGGUGUGUCUGUGUGGCUGUGACUCACCUGAAGGCCCGUGCCGGGUGGGAGUGGCUCCGCAGUUCUCAAGGAGCAGACCUUCUGCGUCAAAUCCAAAAUGUGCUCCAAAAACAUGGUAAAGACACCCCUCUGCUCAUAUGUGGAGAUUUCAAUGCAGUUCCCUCUGAGGAGGUGUACCGCCACUUCAGCACCUGUCCUCUGGGACUGGACUCGGCCUACAAGAAACUCAGCAAAGAUGGGCUGACUGAACCUCGCUACACGACAUGGAAGAUUCGCCCUACUGGGGAGUGCUGCAACACUCUCGACUACAUCUGGUACACUCAGAACACACUGCAAGUGAACGCCGUGCUGGACCUGCCGACUGAAGACCAGAUCGGGCCAAACCGACUUCCCUCCUUCUCCUACCCAUCUGACCACCUAUCUCUGGUGUGUGACUUCAGCUUCUGUGGAGAUUCAGCAGAAAGCUUCUGAGAACAAGCACCUGUAAUUAGACGGUCAAGGAAGUCAAACCUUCUGAAUCAGUGUUUGUUGUACAAACGUAACGCAAGUGCUCGUGGGUUGUGCAAAACCCACUUUGAGAUAACGGAGGUCCCUUCAUUACCAUGCAUUACGAUGCAAGCAGGAAAAGAAAUAAUUUGAACUGUUGCAGAGGAAAUGAGCUCAGUGUAAAUGUUCAUCUUGUGUUUAUAUUUGAAUAUCUUGUAAUGAAAAGCCAAGGAUGCUGAAAUGACUUAUCAGAACAAAUCUUGAUGACAGAGAAGACAUGUACCUUCACAGUAGCUUGGGAGCAACCGGGUCACGAACACUUGCUUAAUGUCAAGACGCACACAAUGGCUUAUAAAAGCACUGGGUGCUGUUGCACAAGUGAAAGCUGCAAUUCCUUCUUGAUAAGUUUUUUUUGUAUUCAGCCUUCCAUUUCAACCGCUUCUGAAUCACUGAUGCAGUUCAGCAUGUGACAUUGCGACAAAUUAA